AUGAGCUUCGAGUUGACCUUCUUGGGCGCCAGCGGUGGGCCUGUUGAUGGCACCACCUGUGCCAUGCUCGUUAAGCCGUGCGACGUCAGCUACCGAGACAUCAUCGAAAACGAUGCCCAUAGCGGCAACUUGCUCUGCGUGGACGCAGGCGCUGGGUUGUCGCUGAUAGCGGAGAUCAUCUACCAAGAGACUACCACCACCUCUCCCCCCACCUCCAAGGUGCUCGAGUACUACCCCGACUCGCUCGCAGUGAACGAGUACCUCCAGACCUCCCGCACCACUCCUUUCGCACUCUUGCGCCAGAUGUCGCCGUUCCAGGCCGCCCAGGAGGUGUGCUGCAAGCUCGACUACCUCAUCACUCAUCCCCACCUCGACCACGUCGCAGGCAUGGUGGUCAACCUGGCGGGGUUCUCGAUGGCCAAGCCCAAGACCAUCCACGCGUCCCAAUACACCGUUGAUGCUUUGCAGGCUCAUAUCUUCAACGGCAUCAUUUGGCCCAACAUGCCCCACUACAAGGUGCUCGACUUACAGCCCCACCCCUUCAACACCCGGUGGAGAUCCGGCAUCUUCGACAUCACCAUGUUCGAGUUGAGCCACGGCAGGCUGUCGAGCGAGUGCGACCAAUCACCCAGAACAACCGAAACAGACCACUACGUGUCGUCGUCGUUCCUCGUCACAAACACCACCGACGGCGCCAGCGUGUUGAUUUUUGGCGACUGCGAGGGCGACUCGGUGUCGAAGACCACCACCAACCUCCGCAUCUGGCAGCACGUGGCGCCGUUGGUGGUCAACAAGCUGUUGAAGGGCAUGGUGUUGGAGUGCUCCAACUGCAACGGAAUCAAGGAAAACGAGUUGUACGGCCACAUGGUGCCGGACCACUUGAUAGCCGAGUUCAAGGCACUCGAGGCCGAGUGCGCCAAGGUGUCGGGUGCUCCCCAGCCGUUGAGCGGCUUCAACAUAAUCAUCAACCACGUCAAGGAACCGGUGAUAGGCGGCGGUGCUGAGAUGAAAAACUACAAAGAAACCGAGCUCCAGGACCCGCGCAGACGGGUCUUGAGUCAGUUGAACGAGUUGAACGCCAGGGAAAACUUGGGGAUCAAAUUCUCCAUUGCGCUUUCUGGAAUCACCCUUGUAAUAUAG